AUGAGGCCACAGUGUGCCACAUCACAACGCGCCUGUUCAUCGUGUCAGUUGCUCCUUGUCACUGGGCAGUUGCGCACGUACCGACAACCAAGGAAAGGAUUAACGGAGGGCACCAUCAUGUCAGACAGCGAGGGACGAUGGAUCCAUCCUUUAGAUCCUGUGGAAUUAUUCUUUGAGAGCGGCCAUCAGCACGGCACCUUUCUGGUCUGUUACCAUUUGAUUCUCAACACAGCUCAGCCCUUAAGUGAGGAGAAGGUUCAACAGACGCUUCAUCAUCUCUAUAGGAAGGUGUUGAGUCUACGGCUCUGCAUUCAACCUAGAAAUGGAGUUAAGUGGUACCGCGAAAUUACCAAACCUCAGUUGGAUUUCCAGGAAAUAGCUGGUGGUGAUGUACAAUCCGUAAUAGAUGGCUUGCGUCAAUACAGAUAUGAUGUAAGCUCCGGACCCUUGUGGUGCUGUAGGCUUCUGUACGACGUCACAACCGAUGCAGCAGAAAUGGACAUCCCCGAAGGACUUGAACAUAUGACACAUCUGUUCCUAGGAUUUCACCAUGGCCUUCAUGACGCGACCUCAAAUAUUCAUGUUUGUGGCUGGCUUAUUGAUAUCCUCAAUGAUGUGAUUGCCGGAGUGCCAGUCGACGAUGACAUACAGCUAGGAAGCUUUGAAUCCUUCGAGCAGACCAACAGACUGGUCGCAGAAAAGAAGAAGAUCCUCGACGUUAACCCGAAACUGAAGGCGGAACUAGUCUACGAAAGGGCCGCGAAGACGAGUGGUUUGUCGUUCUUGAGAAUGAUCAACCCCGUACCCUUAGGGAGUGAGAAGAACGGUAAGUCGCUUCACCUGAAACAUAUGUUGGAUAGGCCUACCACGAGUCGCUUCCUGAAAAAGUGCCGAGCGGAGGGUGUGACUGUCCACGCUGCAUUCACCGCCCUUGCUAAUAUAGCUCUGCUUGAUAUAUUAACGGAGAAAGGUCUCCUUUUAGAUGACUGUGUCAUAAUGAGCUCCCACGUUGUCAACAACAGACGCUAUUGGAGGGAUCCCAUACCUGAUUCCAUGGGAUGCCAUGUUUGUUUUCCUCUGCUGGAUCUUCAGACCUUGACACCUCAAAAUGCGAGUCAGAACUUUUGGAACUACGCCCGAUCUAUUCACAUGGACCUGAAGAAGCAGCUGGAUUCAGGUAAACCACUUCUUCAGACUGCUUUGAAUAAUUCCUCGCCAAACCAAGACUAUUCAGACUAUUAUCAGGGGACAAGUACUGGACUAUCAAAUUACAGCACUUCUAACAUGGGUGACGUAACUCCCAUGGUUUCACAAGAAAGAGAAAAUGUCAGGUUAGCAUACUUUUACAGAACUAUAUCCGUGAGUCACACGUGCAAUACCUUAUCCCACAUAAUGCAUACGUACAGGGGAUAUUUCAUCUAUGUUAUGGAUUACAACACUGGAACUGUUCCGACCAAAACAGCAGAAAGAUUUUGCCAAAAGAUUUUCACUCGUCUUGACAAAGUUUUGAAGAGUGACAAAAAUGUUCCGCCCAAGCUUCCUCUCCCGCAACAUUGCACAAUCUUCACUGACGUAGAAGAAGUAGUAUAAAUAACGAGCAAACUAACACAACGGACGUUUGCUUAAUUGCUUCCGAAUUGUUGAUUUAGAUGAAGACUUGAAUGGAAUCUUGAUAUCUAUGAAUAUGUACAGUUCAGAUGCCUAAGAAGGAAUCAGGCAGUGUUGUUCACGUCCCAGUUGUAACCGAGUUGUUCCUGAAACACAGCCAUAUUUUGUGUACGAAACUUCCUCUAAAUCCGUAAUCUGCUAAAUCUUCACUGUUGAACAAAAGUGCAAUUACUCAUAACUGGUAAACUAUAAAGGUUCCCCCCCCCCCUCACCCCUAUAGGAAUUCUGGCUAUGCCCCUGCAUACAUAUGAUAUAUAUUAAUAUGAUAAUGAUGUAGUGAUUAUGAUUAAUAUCAAAUGCACUUCCAUAUUUAAAACGUUUGUAAUAAUAAAACAUUGUUGCGUUUAAAGUUGUUAAAUAUUCUCUCUCUCUCUCUUUCCUUCUCUCUCUCUCUCUCUCUCUCUCUCUCUCUCUCUCUCUCUCUCUCUCUCUCUCUCUCUCUCUCUCUCUCUCUCUCUCUCUCUCUCUCGUUCUCU